AUUAGAUAAGAUGUCAACUAGGAUCUCCUCCAACAAACUUGACUGGCAAGCCAUCAAACGAAUCGCUUCCAACGAUCUCUACGAACAAAUUGGAGCCAACAGAAUCAGACCUUCAGUUGCUCCUUCGACUCAAAUCGACCCAGACAGAGCUGAAGUGCUCGGCAAGACUCUUGGAGAGCUUCAGGAUUUCAGGGACUUGGCUCAUGAUGAAUCCUUGAAAGCAGAACAAAUUGCCAGAGAUGGUGCCAGUGAGAAACGUUCCAUUAGAGACCGCAUUGCCGAAGUCAAAGCCAAGAUCGAAUACAAAAAGCAUUUACUCGAACAAGUCAAAACUAAGAAAAAGAGCCAAGGUAUUUAUGAAAGCGAAGUCACACAAAUCGAGGGCAAGUCUGCUGCCACCACCAGACAAGCCAACAGGAUCCUCAAAGAAGACGCUCAGAAGCAGCUCGAUGAAGUCUACAGACUCAGAGACAAGAUCCUGAGUGCCAACUCGGGUUCUUCGACAGUCCCUCCUCAAGUCAAAGUGAGGAUUGAAGAACGGAUGGCCGAAGUCGAAGCCAGAGUCGACAGAGACCUUGAGCUGCAUGCAAGAAAGGCUGGUCAGUUAGGAGCAGGACCCAGUUUCACUCUAGAUGAGACCAAGUACACUCUCAGAGAGAUCAAGAAAGAGUCUGAAGAAAUAGAUAAAGAUAUCGAGCGUGAGAUCGACAACAAAAACGCUGAGAUCAAUGACGGCAAAAGCCAACUCGCCGAUGUUCUCAAAGAAAAGCACGAUCUCAAAUGGAAGAUUGGCUUGCUUGAGUCAGAAGUCAACAAGCUUGAGUUUCAGAACAAAAUACAGAUUGAAAGUCAAGUCAGAACUCUCAAAGACAACAAGGGAGAUGUCAUUGACAAUCUCAAGCGAAGAAUAGAUGAUGCCAAGUACAAUGAAGACCAUCUUAAAGACCUCAUCAGACAUGCUGAAGACAUCACCAUUGAUGUUGGCUUCAUCGAACGCAUGGACAUCGAAGGAGACCGCAACAACAGAAUCAGACAGCUUCAAGACGAUCUGAGGUUCAAAACCCAGAACGUCGAGCAGCUCAAAGACGAAAUUCAGGGACUCAACAGCCGUUUGAAUUCAAUUGGAGAAGUCCACAUCAACACCAGCGAUUUCAAGCACGAAGAAGACUACACUCACCUUGUCAAAGACCUCAACAUUGGAUACAACGACAUCAUCCAGUCUGUCAAAGACCACUUGACAGCCAAUGCAGCCAUUCUCAGAAAAGAGAAAGAGAUCAAAGAGAUGGAAGCCAGGAUUGCUCUCAUCGACUUAGACGCUCUUGAUGAAGAAUACCAACAACUCAGGAUCAUUUACGACCGUGACUCCGAGAUCUUGAGAGACCUCGAAGAACAGUACUCGCUGAUCCACGACCGUCUGAUCAGACUCAGAGCCAGACUCAGAGAGCUCAACGACUUGAUCAGGACUCUCGAAGACAGACUCGAGACAGCCAAGUUCGAGAUCGAAGAUGCAGAAAGGAAAUACAGACUGAUCAAAGUGCCAAAGAAAGUUGAAUAUGUUGUCAACGAAAGAGUCGAAGAUGUUCUCAUCAAGAAGAAGUACCUGACCACCAAAGAGACAAUCUCAGAGCAAAGAUACUCUCAAGAAAAGAAUAGAAGAGCCACAUCCAGAAUCACUGGUGAAGAGUUCUAUGAGCCGACUGAAGAAGAGUUUGAGUCCAUCAUUCCGAUGGGCUCCAAAGUCAGAAUUGUCAGAGACAAAGAAGACGGCUACUACAGAUAUGGAAGCCUCAAGUUCUUCUUUAUCAAAGGGACUGAUGGUGUAUACUACGUCGACUACAACGGCACUGCCAUGACUUUCGAUGACUUUAUUACUCUGUACGAAGCCCAGGAGAGAAACAGAUCUAGCAGACAAUACAGCAAGAAUGUGGACCACUACGCCAUGGAGGAAGAAGAGUACGACGCAGAAGUGGGAACAGAGUUCGGAGGAGGAAGAAGCAUCCGCAGAGAUUACGACUAAAGA